CAUUUUCCCAUCGUCUGCUAAGUCUCCAUUCCCAUUCUAGUCGCUCAACAUAAGUUGGCCUCUCUAUUUUCUGAUUUUCCCAUAAUGGGUCCCCGCAUUGAAGUGAUAUCUUCACUUCUGUUUGCAACCUUGGUGUCUUUCAAUCUUAUUGUGUGUAAUGUGGAGGCGUCAAGAGUGGCGAGAUUCUUUAACAAAGAACCCACCUACAACAAUCCCAAUGAGCGAGAAAACUCUGGUUACAUGGAUCCCAAAGAGUAUUACCCGACUGGUACCGAGAACUCUUACAAUGGGUUCUACGAGGCGGGUGAAGGGAGGCGCAGUGGUGAAGGUGGCGGCUACAGAGAGGGCGUCAAUGGCUACGGUAGAGGUGCUGAGUUCACUACCGAAAAUGGCGGCGGUGCGGGCUACGGGGCACAAGCUUUUGGCAAUGGCGGCGGCUAUGGCUCUGGCGAGUGGCACGGUUCCAAUGGCGGCGGCGGUUAUGGACAGGGUGCGGAGUAUGUUUCCGGCUACGGAAACGGUUACAAUGAAUUCGGCAACGGCAACGGCAACGGGAAUGGCAAUGGCUACGGAUCUGGCUCUGGUGCUGGCUAUGGCAACGGCAACGGUAAUGGCAACGGCAACGGGAACGGAGAGUAUGUUCCGAACAAUGCUUACAGACAGGAGAACCCUUGAGCUAUAUAUUCUUUCACUCUGUUUGUUGUCCGUCUUGUUUCUGCAGGUGGUGGGUAUCUAAUAAAGAUAUGUGUUAGCUGUAGUCAAGUAGAAUUCGCAUUGUACUAAAGUUUGAGCAUUGAGAUUUAUGAUUUCAAAAAACUUGAGAUGUUCAAGGCUGUGGGCCUUUGUGAGACGCAAGGUACUUGAAAGUGUAUUCACUAUUGAAUCUGUGUCAAUUGUAUAGAACUUGAAGUUGUUUCUAAGGAGAUUUCUAAAGAUUUAUAAGAGUUGGUGUAAUGUGCUUAAGUUGUUCUUAAGCAGAACAUUGCCAUCUUGGUGAAGUAAGGAGUAGAUUAUUAGUAAAUAUGCUCUGAUCGGUGUAAAUCUCAGGCCACCAUCAUAACUCCAACUAAGGUCUUAUAUCAAACUGUCAUGUUCAUUAUGAUAACUCUGCUUGGCAUUUACCAACGCUCAACUGAACUUUGGAAAGGGUUAAAAAGUAUUUAUAUAUAAUUUUCUGGUACUAUUUGUUUCCUCA